GUCUCGCUUUGUUGCCCAGGCUAGAGUGCAGUGACGCGAUCUCGGCUCACUGCAACUUCCACCUCCUGAGUUAAAGCAAUUCUCCUGCCUCAGCCUCCCAAGUAGCUGGGAUUACAGGCAUCCGCCACCACACCCAGCUAAUUUUUGUAUUUUUAGUAGAGAUGGGGUUUCACCAUAUUGGCCAGGCUGGUCUCGAACUCCUGACCUUGUGAUCUGCCCACCACGGGCUCCCAAAGUGCUGGGAUUACAGGCGUGAGCCACCAUGCCCAGCAUCAUCUUCCCUCUUACUUUAAGACAUUGCUGGAGCCGCUGAACCAGGAAGGGGCUCUAGCAGGAAUCAGAGGACAGUGUGGGCAUCUUUACAAAUCCCAGCCUACUUUUAGGAAAUAGUGAGGGCAUCGAAUUCAGGAACCCCAGGGCUCUGGGUAAGACCCGAGUGGGUGGUGGGAACAGAGCCCUGUCCCUGUCUUCUUGCCUCCUGUCCUCUGCCCAAUUACCCAGGUGCCCUCGGUACUAUCACUGAGAAAGAUGGUACUGCCAAGGGCAGGGGGUAUUUUUAGUGCGUGACAGGAGUGUCCACUUUUCUUACUGCCUGAGUCAUGCCCUGAGCGCUAUUUGGGGAUUGUUUUCUUUGUAACUACACCCCCCAAGAAGGGCAGGGGCUAACCCAGGGCCCCCACACACCUGUUUUUGUAGAUCCUCCAGUAUAUACAGUACUUAAAUAGGAAACUCCGAGUUAAGAUGUCAUAAUCUACCCCCAUGCUCCCGGGGGCAGUCCGAGAGUCAGAUUGCCCAGCAGAGGCCAGGGAGAGUACGGCUCCAUUCUUCACUCAAGGAAACGCUUCCUUGCCCAGGCCCACCUUUUCCAAAAACCACAGGCUGGCAGAGCUGGCAAAGCUCCAGAGACCAGUUGGCCCUGGGGUUCCCAAAUUUCAGCCAUUUUUAUACACCACCUCUAUGAUUUUGCUACAUCUGCACCACCUAUAUUCCAGUUUCCUGAAUGACUUCCUUUGAAUCAACUUAUUUUUAAGUUCAGUAAAUGUAUUUUUAAAAGACACUGUACCACUGUUGGAAAUGGAAACUCAAUAUCACUUCCCAGAAAUAGAAAGUAACUGUAAAAAUAAAUACAAUGGAAAAAAAAUGGUGUUAUUCAGUUCUAUCUAGAUACUUCUGCAUGCCUAGGCUCUCAGGGGAGAGUAGCAAUUGUUCCAUAGGUGUUCUAGGAUGCCAGUAUAAAACUGUGACCAGGCGCUGCUCAUGCCUGCAAUCCCACAACCUUGGGAGGCCGAGGCAGGUGGAUCGCUUGAGCUCGGGAGUUUGAGACCAGCCUGGGCAACAUGGCAAAACCCCAUCUCUACAAAACACACACACACACACACACACACACACACACACAAAUUAGCCAGGUGUGGUGGUGAGCACCUGUAGUCCCAGCUACUCAGGAGGCUGAGGUUGGAGGGUCACCUGACCCCAGGAGGCAGAGGUUGCAGACCUGAGACUGUGCUCCUGCACUCCAGCCUGGAUGACACAGCGAGACCUUGUCUCAAAAAACAAAUAAUACAAUAAAAUUGUGACCACCUCAGUGGCUUAAUCAAAAAGAGGCAACAUGGCUGAAAAGGCAUUAUGUGAUUCAAUGUUCUUUAAAGCCAAAGCCAGAACCUACAGAGGGGCAUCAGGUGAACACCAUCUAACAUCACGUCAAUGUAGCCCAACCAUCCCAGCUUUGGGGAAGCACUUCUCUGUCCUUCGUGAUUGGGCCCCGUGUCCAAGUAGGAGCCAAGACUGAACCACAGACUUCCUGACUCCUAGGCCAGAGCUCUCUGAGGGUGGGGUCUUCACCUCAUGCUGGGAUGGGGCAUGACCAGGUCUGCUUGUCUUCUCUUUCCAGAGAUGGAGCAGAAGGAAGGGAAGCCCUCUGGGGAUGGGACCACCGUCUCCCCAGCUGCAGACAACCCUGAGAUGUCAGGAGGUGGAGCCCCUGCAGAGGAGACCAAAGGCACAGCUGGAAAGGCCAUCAAUGAGGGGCCUCCCGCUGAGUCAGGAAAGCAGGAAAAGGCACCAGCCGAGGAUGGCAUGUCAGCGGAACUCCAGGGGGAAGCAAAUGGAUUAGAUGAGGUCAAAGUGGAAUCUCAGAGGGAGGCUGGUGGGAAAGAGGACGCUGAGGCUGAACUUAAAAAGGACGAUGGUGAGAAGGAAGAGACCACUGUGGCUUCUCAGGAGAUGACUGGCAAGAAAGAAGAGACCAAAUCUGAACCCAAGGAGGCUGAGGAAAAGGAGGAGAGCACGCUGGCCUCUGAGAAGCAGAAGGCUGAGGAGAAAGAGGCCAAACCUGAAUCUGGGCAGAAAGCCGAUGUCAACGACAGAGACAAGCCUGAGCCUAAGGCAACAGUUGAGGAGAUGGAGGCCAAGACAACCUCUCAGGAGGAGACAGGCCAGAGGAAGGAGCGCAGCACUGAACCCAAGGAGAAGGCUACUGACGAAGAGGCCAAGGCUGAAUCGCAGAAGAAGGCUGUUGUGGAGGAUGAGGCUAAGGCUGAACCCAAGGAGCCCGAUGGGAAAGAGGAGGCCAAACAUGAUGCAAAAGAGGAGGCUUAUGCAAAGGAGGAGGCGGAGGAGGCAGUGAGUGAGGAGCCAGGCAGUCCCAGCGAAGAGCAGGAGCAGGACGUGGAAAAAGAGCCAGAGGGAGGGGCAGGGGUGAUUCCCAGCUCCCCAGAGGAGUGGCCUGAGAGCCCCACUGGGGAGGGGCACAACCUCAGCACAGAUGGGCUGGGUCCAGACUCUGUAGCUUCUGGAGAGACUAGUCCUUCAGCCAGUGAGUCUUCACCCAGCGAUGUGCCCCAGAGUCCCCCUGAGUCCCCUCCGUCAGGGGAGAAGAAGGAGAAGGCACCAGAGCGCAGGGUAUCAGCCCCUGCUCGGCCCCGGGGGCCCCGGGCACAGAACCGCAAAGCCAUCGUGGACAAGUUUGGCGGGGCAGCGUCCGGCCCCACGGCCCUGUUCCGGAAUACUAAGGUAGCCGGGGCAGCCAUUGGUGGUGUCAAGAACAUGCUCUUGGAGUGGUGCCGAGCCAUGACAAAAAAAUACGAGCACGUGGACAUCCAGAACUUCUCCUCCAGCUGGAGCAGUGGCAUGGCCUUCUGUGCCCUCAUCCACAAGUUCUUCCCUGACGCCUUUGACUACGCAGAGCUGGACCCUGCAAAGCGCCGGCACAACUUCACCCUGGCCUUCUCCACAGCAGAGAAACUGGCUGACUGUGCUCAGCUGCUGGACGUGGAUGACAUGGUACGGUUGGCUGUGCCCGACUCCAAGUGUGUCUACACCUACAUCCAGGAACUGUACCGCAGCCUCGUGCAGAAAGGACUGGUGAAGACCAAGAAGAAGUGA